AUGUUUAUGGCACUCCUCAGCUUUAUCAAACAGCUUCUCAGCAAAGGGGAAAAAGAUGAGACAGGGCAAAAGAAGCACCGUGGAUGGGAAUUUAUUCUUCUAGCUGGUUUAUUCUUCUGUGCCAUUUCUUGUUUCCAACUAUGGUUCUGGGGUGGACACUUUCAGGAUCGCAACGGAAAGUCUAACACUUGUCCCAGUUUUGGAUUUGGGUUCAUAAAGAUUGAUCUUGAGAAUACUGCAUUUCGUGCUUUCAACGUUACAUAUUGGGUUUUGUUGUUGAUAUUGUCUUUUGGGUUUAUAAUGCAUGCUUGUGAUUUGUACAUCCAAAAGAGAAAAGCGCCAAAGAGUAAUUACAGCCCGUCAUCUUCAAGCUUGAAAUCCGGUGCUGGCAGCACGAGAUCAUCGAAAGAGCCAAACUCGAAAUUUGAUUCCAUACGGUUUGGAAUUCUUUUCAUUUUUAUGACGGUUAUGGUUAUUGCUAUUGAAAAAAGCAUAAUAUGGAAUCAAAUUACUGGAGUAACGACAUUAGAUGGAGCCGGGCAGUUGAUACCUUUUCUUAUCGGACUGGGAUCGUUGUUUAGGGUUUGUUAUGUUGGAGUGAAAGGUGAUGACCGUCGAGAGGAGUUAUGA